GUAGUCUGCGCAAGUAAUCAGAAUCGGUCAAUGGAAGGACAUCAUGUCUUGUCCAAAGCAGGCUAUCAAGUUAUCUCUUCUGGCACCGGCUCAGCGGUACGAUUGCCUGGGCCAUCAAUAGACAAGCCCAACAUAUAUCCUUUUGGAACCCCGUAUAACACUAUUUACGAAGAGCUGAAUUCGAAGGACCCUCGUCUCUAUACGGCCAAUGGCCUCUUGCCCAUGCUUGACCGAAAUAGACGCUUGAAACUUGCCCCGGAACGAUGGCAGGAUAGCCGAACAGUGGCGGACAUUGUGGUGACAUGUGAAGAACGGUGCUUCGACGCGGUUUGCGAUGACCUGCUGACACGAGGAGGAGAAUUUAACAAGCCAGUGCACGUUAUCAAUAUGGAGAUCAAAGAUAAUCAUGAAGAAGCCCUGAUCGCUGGGAAGGCUAUGCUUGAUUUG